AUGGGAGUGUGGGUGAACAUCCCCGCUCCUUUGGGAGCUCAGCGGUUACGGAAAAAGAGACAUGUCCUCACUCUGGGAACGAAUGAGACUCAUUGCAGAAGUAUCGCCCUUUCAGUCUACCGGCCCACCAACACAGGGCAAUGCGAAACAUGCUCGACACAGAGGCCGGUGAUCCAGUCAAAUUCGAAAACCAAGCAACCCAGCCACUCCAGCAAUAGGCAAUAUGCCGCCCCUGCAUCUUCGCGAGCGGCUCUGUCGGACUACGAUGUAAUAGUCGUGGGCUUCGGCGUCGCGGGUGCCUCGGCGGCCAUCGCAGCAGCAGAGAUGGGGCGCCGCGUAUUGAUCUUGGAUCGGGAAAAUGGUGGAGGCGCGUCGGCGCUUUCCGGCGGCGUUGUGUACUCGGGAGGCGGCACGAGGCAACAAGAAGAGGCUGGACAUGGUCACGACACUCCAGAAGAGAUGUACAAAUAUCUUGCACAAGAGAUCUGGGGUCCGGGGAUCUAUCCUUACCCAAGCUCGCCGGCCGCUGCUCUUUCUGAAUCUCACGACACACGCAAAGCUUCCGGAGCUGUUGACGAGAAGACACUGAAAGCCUUUUGUGAUGGGAGUAAAGAGAGACUCGAAUGGCUCGAGCGUCACGGAGCGACCUUUCGAGGCAGUCUUUGCCCGUACAAGACCUCAUAUCCAACGGACAACCACUACCUCUACUACAGUGGAAACGAAAAAGCGUGGCCGUACGCCAAUUCAGCACAGCCUCAUCCUCGUGGUCAUCGUACUGUGGCAAAAGGUCUUUCGUCCGGAAAUGUCUUAUGGUCAAGCCUCCGGGAUGCGGUGCUAAAACUUGGCGUCGAGGUAAGGCCUUUUUCGAGAGUAGAGCGCUUGUCAAAGGGAGGAAGUACUACUCUCCCAUCGAUAUCGCUCAGGUCGGUCGACCGACAUGAAAAGGUCUUCAAAAAGCUUUUGCAUCUCCAAAAAUACAAGCCACUCAAUAACUGGUUCCCACCCCUUGGGAAACAUCUACAGGGGCGUGUCGAGGCGCUUUGGCAAGGGGCAGCGAAAGAACAGGCUCUUAGUGCCUCUGCAGUCAUCCUGGCCGCUGGCGGGUUCGUCUUCAAUGAAAAAAUGGUCCAGGAACAUCUUUCCAAAUAUCGUGGAGCACAACCUUUGGGUACACCCGGUGACAAUGGCUCCGGCAUCCUUCUCGGGCAGAGUGUAGGUGGAGUCACUACUCACAUGGACCGGAUGAGCUGUUGGCGUUUUCUCUCCCCGCCAGAGACGUUCCUCCAUGGCGUUGCAGUGGACAUGAACGGCAAACGAAUCAUAAACGAAGACUUGUAUGGCGCACAAUUCACUGAAGGUCUUGUGCAUCGAGCUCAUGGCAGAGGUUUCUUGAUCCUGGAUGCUUCUCUGUGGAAAAGGGCUCAACAGGACGUGAAAAGCCAAGCAGCACCGUUUCAGAAGCUCCAGACAUGGUUUCUAUUCACCGUCGGUCAUGAAAAGGCCGACACUCUUGAUAGUCUGGCGAGAAAGAUCGGCGUCAGUAUUGACGGACUCAGGGAGACCAUUAAUUCUUACAAUGAAGGAAUCUUUUCGGGUGCUGGAGAACCCUUCCACAAGGCUCCCUCAUUAUCGACACCCUUGACACAAGGCCCAUUCUAUGCCCUCGACGUGUCGUUGGUACCAAGACGCGGGCAACGAAUUUGGCCAGCCCCUGCAAUAACUCUCGGCGGCUUACGCGUUCAUGGCGACUCGGGAUUGCUGUUGAACGAGUUCGGGGAAGAAAUCCCAGGCGUUUAUGCAGCUGGACGCACGGCAGCGGGAAUCUGCGCCAACAACUAUGUUAGCGGACUGUCCUUGGCCGACGGUGUCUUCAGCGGGAUACGGGCUGGUCGUCAUGCCGCAUGGCUGUCGAGCAAACGCGAUUGA